AUGUUGCAGAUGGCGUGCCAGGAUUUGGAGUUUUCUAUGUCUCGAGUGAACAACAUAAUAUCUAAGAUGGUGGCUGAAAAGGGCAAAAAUGUACAACAUGAUUUUGCUACGCUGGAGCGGCUAGUCACAGUAAUACAGAAUCACUUAGUGAUGGUCGCCGCCAUUUCAAGGGCCUCACGAUCAUACUCCAUAGGUCUCCGAAAUAGUGACGUCGAGAUUGCAUGGGCAACUUUUAUUUGUUCUAGAGCGUCUCGUGAAAACUGGUUCUUGUUAGAAGCUUUGAACGAUUACUUCAGUCUCAUACGACUCAAUCCAUCAUUGCUCAACGUAGGAAAGGCGGUAUUUGACAUGGGAGGAUAUCAAAUAGAAUCGCCUAUAGAACGGAAUUGGUAG